AUGCGUACGGUCCGUGUGCCAAAUGCAUCGGAUCACACGGCAGUGGGUCACCGCGAUCAGCACACUACCCAUGGCGGGAUAAAAUCUCCACGUCUUCCGCAAUUCACCUCAACCAAUUCAAUUCCGUUAACCGUGCAAAUUCCUUCGCGAAUCGUUCGGUCCGGUUCCACAUCGUCCGAAGUGGAUGUGACCACAGCAGACUCAUGGAGUGAAGUUACCGCAUCUGCUGCGGAUAGUAAUCUGGAAGAGGAUCUGUUUGAACAGCCCACCGGGUUCGCACGAACCACUUCCGUAUCCAGCCUGUCCAAUCUGGUCCAAAUGAACACGCGUACCGGCCCCGGAUCUGAGCACGUGCAUCACCUGCUUGCGGUUCCCGUGACCAACCAAAGUCCGGACGGAUCCACUCACGUGAUUCAUAUAUACAACCGACUGGACGAGGCGAACUGGACGCGAGAGUCUGUGGACAAAUUGAAUGCGAGUUGGAGUCUAAGUCAGGCUAGUCCGAAUCGAUCCAGACGAGCAGCACAACACCCGGAUCGAACCACGAGACAGGCACCCAGUCCUAGGGUGCAAUUUCGUUGCUCUCCGAAACCGUCAAGUCCAAGCCCGACAAAUCAGCAUAGAUCACGUUCUCAAUGUACACGUAAGAUAGUCAAAAACUUCUUGUUUCACUGGAUAUCAGAGGGUCACUUCCAUCUGACUUGUGUUUGA